AUGUCUCUCGAAGCUACGAUGAUCAUUGUCGACAACAGCGAAAGCAGUCGCAAUGGAGACUAUACAUCAACUCGGUGGCAAGCUCAAGUCGAUGCCGUUAGCAUUAUCCACAGUGUGAAGAUGCGCGUACACCCGCAGUCGGCAGUCGGCCUGAUGAGCAUGGGCGGCAACGGUCCCGAAGUGCUCUCGACAUUCACGUCCGACUUUGGCAGCAUCCUAGCUGGUCUUCACCGGACCAAGAUUCACGGCACGUCGCAUCUCAGCUCGAGUAUUCAGGUCGCAGGCUUGGCCCUUAAACACCGAUCUGAGAAGUCGCAACGGCAACGAAUCAUCGUGUUCUCCUGCUCGCCAAUCCAAGAAGACGAAAAAACGCUCGUCAAGCUCGCCAAGAAAAUGAAGAAGAACAAUGUCUCGAUCGACGUGGUGGCAUUCGGUGACCUGGAAUCCGACCAAACCAAGAAGCUAGAGGCCUUUGUGGAUAAUGUGACGAGUGGUGAAGGCUCUUACCUAGCUAUCAUUCCUCCGGGCCCGCACCUGCUCAGUGAAGAGCUGCAGCAGACCCCGAUCCUGGCAGGUGAGGGUGCUGGAGCCUCUGCCCCAUCUGGUGGUGAGGGUGGUGAGGCCGGUGGCUUCAACUUCGAGGAUGCGGCAGAGGAUGAUCCGGAGCUCGCAUUCGCUUUGCGGUUAUCACUCGAGGAGGAGAAGAACCGACAGGACAAGGAGAAGCGUGAUCGCGAGGAGCAGGAGGGCAAGACGGAACUGGGUGGCAUUCCCGAAGAAGGUCAGGGCGAAUCUAGUGGUGACAAGAAGGAUGACGACAAGAUGGACACUGCGUAG